GCCACACUUGCAAAAACACAACAUUCCAAGAAGAAAACAGAGACACCACCUCAAUUCUUCAAAUGAAUUACUCAAUCUUCCACUCCCCAAUUUCCGAUCUGUCACCUGAAUCUUCAUUCGGAUCAUCAUUUUCUUGGGAUGAUCACAAAUUUGGCAACAACUCACUUCCCUUCAACGAAAACGACUCCGAAGAAAUGCUUCUCUAUGGCCUAAUUUCCAACACCACCCAAGAAAUAACAUCAAGAGAAACAGAGACACUCUCUGUUUCUGCAAACCCAAUCAAGGAAGAGGAAGUGAGCUCCACGUCCGACUCGGAGAACCCGAAAAGGGAAAAGUCCUACAGAGGGGUGAGGAGGCGGCCAUGGGGCAAGUUUGCUGCUGAAAUUAGAGACUCCACCAGGCACGGCAUAAGGGUGUGGCUAGGCACAUUUGACAGUGCCGAAGCUGCAGCCUUGGCCUAUGAUCAGGCCGCCUUUUCGAUGCGUGGCUCCGCGGCGAUUCUCAACUUUCCGGUGGAGAGAGUCCGAGAAUCGCUUAAAGAAAUCAACUAUGUCGCUUCGGAUUUGAACGGGGCCUCGCCGGUUGUGGCGCUCAAAAGAAAGCACUCCAUGAGAAGGAAAAUCGGGAACAAGAAAAGCAAAGUGGAGAGAGACGUGAGGAUAGAAAAUGUGGUGGUGUUUGAAGAUUUAGGCGCAGAUUACUUGGAAGAAUUGUUAAAUUCAUCUGAGAGCACAUGUGCCACUGCCACACCUAAUCGUUGAUUCAAAAACAUUAAUUCAACUUUCUUGUAUUCUUUUUUUGUUGUUGUUGUUGUUGUUGUUGGUAAUUGUAUGAACCAUCAUCACUUGAAAUCUUUGAUCUGUCUCUUCUCCAAUAUUUUCUUUUUUCUGUGAAGUUGCAAAAAAACGAUAAGGAGUUACGUAUUUAUGUA